AUGGCGACCUACCACCGCACGCCGCUGUUCGGCGUACCGCUGUCGCUAUUGCUGCUGCAGCUCCUCCUCGCCGCCACGACCGUGCUCGCCAACGUCGAGAAAAUCAUCUUCACGGCCCCCGCGCCCGCCAACAUCCCCCUCGCCAAGCCCUCCCUCGCGGACCUCAACCUCCACGCCCUCUCCCCCGACACGCUCACCGUGCGCACGAGCCUCGACCGCGUUUUCCCCGUCGACAAGGGCAACUCGUCCCAGGGACACCCGUCGUGGGUGCUGCUCGACAACCUCGUCGAGGGCCAGCGCUACGAGUUUCACGUCUCAUGGGCCGCCAAUGAGCCUACUCUCUUCGCCCUGGAUUCGUAUGAGCUCGAUACAGUUUGGGACACUCCCGAGCUUAUCCAGUCUUUGGCAGAGCACGCCGCCUCCCGUCAGCCUGCCAACGAGUCGGACGACAAGCCUCCGUCCAACGAGUCAGGGGCGCGGAAGGCGUCUGUGCUGCUUGUCCACAUCCGCGCGGCGGCAGACUACUUUGUCGACGACGUCGAGCUUAUGAAGAAUCCUCCACCCGUCUUGGUGGAUCUGGUCCUCGACCCCUUCGUGCUUAACCUGGCCAACCAGUCCCUCAUACCCACCGUGGGUUAUCUCAUCAUUGUCGGCGUCGUCACUUGGUUUGCAGCGCGGUGGAUCGCUUCUCGUCUCCAGUCUGUGGCCGGCUCCUCCGAGGACCAGACAUUGAAGCAGACUAAGAAAAACUGA